AUGAAGGAAAUUGCCCAUCGAGUGUUGAAGGAGUGGGACAAAGAUGGCGACAAGGCGAUCUCAGUGAGCGAGGCCCAGUGCGCCGCCAGCGUCACCGAUGGGAAGAUCUCCUUGUCCUCGCUGGACCCCGGAGCUCCCACCAGUUUCCUCAAAGCCACUUGGCGAGGUGUGCUGGGAGCUCUUUAUUGCAGGUCUGGUUUUGUACUUUGUUGCCAGGGGCCCAGCGACAGUCAGGGCAACAGCUGGAACGCAGUGAGCGAAGACCCGGUGGCAGUCAGUGCUCGGCACGUUCACCGUGUCCAUCAUGAACCAGAUGGCCCAGUCAAAGCAGGCCCGACACCGUAUGGUCUGACGGACGUGGACAUGGAGACGAAGCGGGGGGUGAUGGACUCAACUUACGAUGGACUCAAGAUGACUGAAGUAAUCUUAAGUCAAGAGCCCCGGCCGGAGCUGUUGUUGGCCACCCCGCCGCCCGCCUACUCCGAUGACCUGGUCGACACGGAGGUGGUCAACUCGAAACUGCCUUCCCUGGUGCCAGUCAUCGCCGAGAAAGCUCGAGGUGUCAUCAAUGCCCCGCUGGAAGAACAGGCCAAGCGCAGCCGCAGUAGCGUGCCAGCAGAGUUUCUGGCCAAGGCUUCCGUCGUGGAUACCUUCAGUGCCUUAGGAGGCGCUUCGCUGCAGCGCCGCGGCUACUUCUCAGACGAUGGCAUCCAUCCCAAUGAGCGAGGCACCCGAUUGUUGGCUUUGGUGGUUUUCGCCGAUCUCCGCGCCAAGGUGAGCAAGUAUUUGCGCAAGCGGGCGGAUGAGGCGGCAAGGGAAGUGCCUGACAACCCCUUGGGUUUGUGA